CAACCACAGCAAAUUCGUGCAAGUGAAGGCUUGUGUUUGCACCAACCACAGCAAAUUCGUGCAAGUGAAGGCUUGUGUUUGCACCAAUCAGUAUUGUCCCUUUUUUACUACCAGUCAUAAGGCACCUCUGCUCCAGAAUGGGAAGUUCCACCACGCUACCUUGGAGGGGGUGGUACGGGACCAUGACAGGGAACUAAAUGUCGUCUAGAGUCCAUCAAAGCUUCUGAUAGCAAAAAAAAAUCCAGUAGCCGGCUGUUUGAAACAGUCUUGAUUGAGGCCACACUUUAAAAAGCUGGAACAUUUAGCUGUCAUCACUGGGUGGUUUUCUCAAAGUGUUCAAAAUGGCCAGUGUUGGGCAAAGACUGAUCUGACUGGCUUGCUGAUAGCCCUGCUUAAGGCAGCCUAGGCAGAAAGGAAUUGUCCGCAGCUGUCAGUAGAGAAUCAAAUUGCCCCACCUGCUGGUGAACAUCAGAGGAGCCCUUACAAUAAACACUUAUAUGACUCAUUAACGUUCAUAGUGGUUUUAGCAAUGCUUCAACCUGGGCCAGUGGCCCAGAGCAAGGAGAGUCCUCAUCUUACCGUGAUUCCUUUUCUUUGUCAGUGAGUUUGAGUCACCCAGACUAGCCUCAGACCCUCAAUUCUCCCACCUCAGCCUUCAAGUGCUGGGAUUAAAGGCAGUAGGCACGGUGCCCUACUUAACUACUCCUAUAAACAUAAGCAAACAGAGAAUAAAGCAAGACAGCCGAAGAAAUCCAGGUAGCACGGUCACACCAAGAUAGAAGCAUCCCAAUUUCCCAUCACGACUGUCUCCCUACUUCAAAACUCUGGUUGAUUUUGCAUAGCUAUUUCCUCUGGAUUGACACAUCCCCCCUCAUGAGAUCAGAGAAGACUUUCAGAAAGAAGUUGCAAGACACAGAGCCCUUCUCCCAGACUGUGUCAGGGUAAACAGUCCCUGGUGACGGGAGUCUCGGGUGGAUCCGCGUACAAGUUAUGUAGAGAGCUCUGAUGAUGGAGGAAGACGACUUUUUGAUGAGAAGCUGCUCUGGUCUCCCUGUUCCUGAGCUGCUGGAUACCCUGGGACUGACUGGCCAUUUUUGCCACUAGAGAGGAUGCUGUUUCGAAGGCGACCAAGGUACCAGAUGGCUCCCACCCUCCAGCGCCUACUCCUCCGGCCCGUCGCUGCGGUCCUCCACUCCCACUGGGUCUUAGCGCUCCCGUUUUCUCUCCUGCAUCCUCACGCCGAUGACUGGUCCUCCUCCGGCGCCUCGCUGAGCCCAAGAGUUCCAUGGCCUCUGCUUCCCGCCGGCAACGCCGAGAGCGCCGCUUCCGGCGGUACUUGUCGGCAGGGCGGCUGGUGCGGGCCCAGGCUCUCCUCCAGCGACACCCAGGCCUCGAUGUGGAUGCCGGGCAGCCCCCUCCUCUGCACAGGGCCUGCGCCCGCCACGAUGCCCCAGCCCUGUGCCUGCUGCUGCGUCUCGGGGCUGAUCCUGCCCACCAGGACCGCCACGGCGACACGGCGCUGCACGCUGCGGCCCGUCAGGGCCCCGAUGCUUACACGGACUUCUUCCUGCCUCUGCUGAGUCGCUGCCCCUCCGCCAUGGGGAUAAAGAAUAAGGAUGGGGAGACUCCUGGGCAGAUUCUGGGCUGGGGCCCCCCCUGGGAUUCUGCCGAAGAAGAAGAGGACGAGGAGGUUUCCAAGGAGCGGGAAUGGCGGCAGAAGCUGCAGGGCGAGCUGGAAGAUGAGUGGCAAGAGGCCAUCGGGAGGUUUGAAGAUGAUGCUUCUCACGAGGUGCGGGAUCCUGAGUCCUUCUCAGCCUGGUCAGAUCGCCUGGCUCGAGAGCAUGCCCAGAAACAGCGGCGGCAGCUAGAGGCAGCGAGAUCCUGCAGACCCCAAAGGGCUGAGGGCUCCAGCCACAGCUGGCGUCAGCAAGAGGAGGAACAGCGGCUUUUCCGAGAGCGAGCCCGGGCCAAGGAGGAAGAACUGCGCGAGAGCCGAGCCAGGCGGGCUCAAGAAGCUCAAGGGGGCAGAGAGACAGAGCCUCUCCGGCCUGGGUCCAGGGCAGAGCACCCACGAGGGGCAGGGAGGGGCAGCCUCUGGCGCUUUGGUGAUGUGCCCUGGCCCUGUCCUGGCGGAGGGGACCCAGAGGCCAUGGCUGCAGCGUUGGUGGCCAGGGGCCCCCCUCUGGAGGAACAAGGGGCUCUGAGGAGGUACUUGAGAGCCCAGCAGGUGCGGUGGCACCCUGACCGCUUCCUGCAGCGAUUCCGAAGCCAGAUUGAGACCUGCGAGCUGGGCCGCGUGAUGGGAGCGGUGACAGCCCUUUCUCAGGCCCUGAACCGCCACGCAGAAGCCCUCAAGUGACCCAGGGGAAUGGGCAAGAACCUGUGCGGGUGUAGCCUCAAGGAUGGGCAGGAAGAGGAGUAAAGGUCAUGGAUGGGGAUGGACGGAGGCAGGCCCUGCUCAGAGAGGAUAUGGGGCAGCUCACGUAAUGGGUGCGGGGGUGGGGCGGGGGAGGCUCUACCACUGCUCUUGAUUGCCGCUUCCUAAUAAGACCUGGUUCCCCGUCUCACUCCAGAGUCUGCUCUGCUUUUUCCAUUGCUAUGGUUUUCAUCACCAUGACAUCUCCUCUCCCGCCCAGCUGUCGAAACC